CCCCUGACCAGAACACACACUUCAGUUAGUGCUAUAGAGGAACAGGUGGGCAGUAAAGACCGAGAGAAAGGUCAAGACCUUUGCACAGUAAAAGUAGAAGUGUCUUAUUGCCCAACUGUGGACUUUCCAAAACUACACCCAGAAAUUAACUCAGUAAACUGUGAUAGACUUUGACCGAGCAUCGGCGUGUUAGAAUGCCUCCCACAGGAUUUCAAACUGAGCAUUCCAGAUGAAUUUUCCCAUGCACCACCAACAUCGCUGGGUCCCUGAAGGGCUGCGACUUAAAGGCCAAAGGUCACCAAAGAGCUUCCCACUGGUCACGAUACACAGCAGCAAAUAAAUAGCAACGAUGGAGAAAGUAAAGCACCAUGUAAUCACUUCUCGUCACCUGCGACUCAGGCAGCAUGACCCAAGUGGAGCCUUUUGGAGAGUCUGAGCUUCGAUCUCAGCUCAGAGCAUCCAGAACAGAAAUCGCAAUGGCCGUCCAUGACCCUUUCCCACUGCUGUAUGGCUUGGCAGAUCAUGACAUCAUCUCCGACCGACUCCUCGGGGAAACUCUGGAGAGAAAGAAAAAAGAUGGGAUCCAUAAGGCGGUGUAUUCCCUCCUAACAUGGCUGCUGGAGCAGGACUCCUCUGUCCUUCAGGCCUUCUGGAGCAAUCUGUCCAAAGAGUACAAUCAGGAGAGUUACCCUAAACUGCAAAACCUCUUCACUAAUUUACCUAAAGGUCUGAGGUUGGGAAGCAGGCCUGUUAGAAGUCCUAGACCUGAGGUACAGAGUCGUCCUCAUCCCAGCAAGAAGAGGGGAAUCGGAGAGAAACAACUGGCACUUCGACCUCAGAAUUAUGGCAAGAAAGCUCUGCACAUCCGCUCAGGAGGCAAAGGCAAGCCCCUGAGGAAGACAGACAGCGCGUCUCUCUCUCAGGUUUCAGUAAGCAACGGUGUGCAGUCGGUGUCCACGUCAGUCCAGCGUGCUGUCACUCUGUCUGCUGGAGAACUUCCUGUGGAGGAGAUUCUCAUCCAACAAGUCAUCGAGAGUGGAGGAGCCAAGAAGUGCAUCAAGGUCGGGGGAGAGUUUUAUUCCUCCUCUACGCUGGAGGAGACGCCGAGUGGUCACAUGACCCAGACGGGACAAGGUCACAGUCACCAGCAGGGGGAGACACACACCCAAGUGAUGGAUGUGGAGCGUAACGAUGAUGAGUGUGCAGUGUGUAAGGAUGGUGGUGAGCUGAUUUGCUGUGACGGAUGUCCUCGAGCCUUUCACCUCACCUGCCUGGUGCCUCCACUCACCUCCAUACCCAGCGGUUCGUGGCGCUGUAGGUUGUGUAACGGCAGCAGAGCGAUGGCUGAGAAGACGUACGUGUCUCUGCAGUCUCCUCCGCCUCCUCCUCCUCCUCCUCCUUCUCAUCCUCCUCUAACGGAGAGCAGCUCCAACUCCAUGGUGGAUUUCUCCUUCUUCUCUUCCACCUCGCUGUCCACGCUCACCAGCAGCACGAGCACACAGCCUGCAGCAUUCCAGAACCCGGACUCGGAGCUGGUGGGCAUCAGGAAGUGGUGUGGGAUUUGCCACCUGAGCCGCGGAGAGCUGGUCGUCUGCCCUGAGUGUCUGCAGAGCUUCCACACACACUGCAACUUCCCCAAUGGGAGAGCGAGAUGCAGGACGUGUUCAAGAUCUUGGGUGUCAACAGAGACGGAGGCAGCAUCCAGAGCUGUGCAGGUGGCUCAGUGUUGUACGGAUCAGGGAUCAGUUCACUCUGAACAGCAGAUCCUUAACAAAGAUGAGCUGGACUCCUAUGUGGGGGAGACUUCCAUCGAUGGGAUCCUGCAGUGGGCUUUUCACAACAUUUCCCGGCCCCUCUCUGAGUCUCAGGGCUACUUCCAGUGACUCCACAAUGCCUGUAAGACCUAAUGAUCUACAGCACAGGAAAUACAAGGCACACACACACACACACACAGGUUGAAGACACUGGUUUGAAGAUUCCUGCUGUAUAUAUUUUUGUGUGUAGAUGAAAGUCUGAGCUUUUGGCAGGUGAUUAAUAAUAAUCACAUAUAAGCGACAUGUAUGAUUCCAGGGCCUGUGUCUGAACUUUUGCUCUUAAGUAUAAACUUUAAUGUUUCCUGUACCCAUGUGAUCAUUAGAAACCUCCCUAUGUUUCUGUAUGGUAAGGGGAAAACACCACCGGAUUGGAUUUACCACAGUUCUAUGUGAACACUGUUUAAUAAUGAGGAGAACCUCUUUUACCUCCACCGAAAGUUUCCUGUAGCUGCUGCUCAGACUUGCACAACAGUGAGAAGGAAUUUUAGACCCACAUCAUCAAUAUUUCUGGGAUUUUUUUUCAUGAACGGCCCUUUUCAGGUUACACUACAGCAUGGACUCUGUUGUUGAUUUACUUGCAUGUUUUGGGUCAUUGUCCUGUUGCUUCAUCUCUGUUCUCCUAAGCUUAAGGUGACAGGUUGUUACCAUGACAUUCUCCCAUAAAGAUUUUUUUAUAUAAUUUUGAAAUCAUUGUUUGCAAUUUGAUUCCACUGAUUACAAUUUCUCUAAAGAAAGCAGGCCCAAACCAUGAUGCACCCGCCACCGUGCUUCACAGUUGGAAUGAGGGUUUGCUGAACAUCUUAAAGUUAGCAAAGACAGCUUGUGCAACAGACACAAGUAGCAGCAAUGUGUAAUUCUAUGUUUUGCAAGAAAAAGACUGCAUAUCAACACCAAAACCUCAUCCAUGCUAGUUCGGGGCUGCUUUGCUGGUUCCAAAGCUUCCAAACAUUGAACAAUAAUUUCAAAUUUGUAAGGAAAGGAAAAUUUUUGCUACAUUCUCAUACAGAAGUUCUCAAAUGUUCUGCAGCUACAGACCCCUUUAUCUUUUUAAAAACAAAAUUCCACAGACCACUUCAGCACUGAUUUAUUUUUAUUAACUAUUCCAAUAUUAGCCUCAUUAUUUAAAUGUGUACAUUCCAAUGUGUAAUAUACCAGCUAUUCAGAGCUUUUUAUUUCUGAAAUUCACACUUUUAUAACAUAUUUUUAUCAAGAAUUUAAAUAGAGUCAAGUUGACAUUAUUUAUGGGCCUACAAGUUUGAGUGAGUUGUUUUUAAGGUUUGGAUUGAACACCCAGCUAACACUAAAAGAACUAUACAAUAAUAAAUACAGCUUUAAUGAUCAUGGAUUUUGAUUUCCAGCAAAACAUGAAGAAUUAUGGGUCUAGAAGAUGAACUCAGUAUUUUCCCCUUUAAAAACUUAGCCUAAUGUUCUGGCUUUUAAUUUGCCCUGCAAUUUAGGCAACAUUUUCCAGACAUGUCAUUGAUCUUUGCACAUUAUGCAACAGUUUUUAGUGAUAUCUUAAA